AUGCUGCCAAUCGCCUCACUCGUAGACAAAGUGCCUUUCAGUGCUAUCACGGUCAGUAUGGGAAGUAUCGCUUUAGCCGCACUCAUCGUCCUCCUGGUCCAAUUUCGCAACGAAACAACCGACAAUGACUCAGCCAAGUCCAAACUGCGUAAGAUCCACCGCCCCGAUACGACGCUCCCACGCUUGGAAAACACACUCGCUAUGAUUCGAGCUGCUUGCGAUGGCAACUUGCAUGAUCGAGCGGUGGAAAUAUGCAGUCAAUUCAAUGGGGAACCUAUACUCUUUCGAUCCAUCGGGAUGCCAGACAAACUCGUGGUUUCUACUCCUGAAGUGUUCGACGAUGUCCUCAAACAACAAUUCAGCAACUUCCCUAAGGGAUCUUACAUGCGCCAGAACCUAAAAGACCUUCUGGGCGAUGGCGUCUUCGCUGCUGAUGAGGACUUGUGGAAGACAGCGACCACGAUUCAACGCCACACCGUUGUGCUAUUCGACAUCUUAGGACGCAAGCUCUUCAAUCGGUUCGCGCUUGAGGUGGUCGCCGAGAUCGGCUUUGGUGUUCGCAUGGGUUCUCUGGACUCGGAUGAGGAGCAUCCGAUCCAAAAGGCAUUCAACCAUGCACAACGAGCGCUACUUUUGCGCUUUGUACGUCCGGGUUGGUUUUGGAAAAUCCAACGGUGGCUUGGUGUGGGUGUGGAAGGUGAAUUCAAACACGAUCUCAAAGUGAUCAAUACCACAGUUAUGGAUAUCGUGGAGAAGGCCCUAGCACGGCGCUCGUCCAACAACAGUGACAAUGCCAAUGAUAUUCUGUCACUCAUCCUGGAUAAUGUUGGUAGCUCCCCAAAUGCUGACAAGCAGCAAUUCGACCCGGUGUUUCUCCGCGAUAUCGCUGUGAUGUUCUUGGUCGCUGGGCGAGAUACGGUGGCUCAAACGCUCAGCUGGUUGUAUCUCAUGCUCAGCAAGAACACUUACUGGGAGGUUGCCAUUCGUAGUGAGAUGCUCCAAAAGACUGUAAUCCUGAAACCUGAUGCUACCGACAUAACGAUAGAAGAUGUGGAUCAGCUCGUCGCUCUUGAAGCUGUGUUGAUGGAGUCGCUCCGCCUGCACCCACCUGUUCCUAUGAUCCCGAAGUACGUGGAGAAAGACACCACCCUUGCUGACGGAACGUUUGUCGAGGCGAACUCCCUAAUUGUACUGGCAACGUAUGCGAUGGCACGAAUGGAACAAGUAUGGGGCCCUGACGCAGCUGAAUUCAAGCCCCUGCGAUGGAUCGACUCCUCGUCGGGAUGGGCUGAAAUUGCUCCGAGCAAGUUUCGUUUGUAUCUCGGAAUGGAUCUAGUUAUGUCGGAGAUGAAGCUGGUCAUGGCAGGUCUGUUGACCAAGUUUCACAUCGAAGUGCAGGACCUGGAGAAAGUGGCACACGAUGUUUCGCUAACUCUGCCGGUGAAAGGCUCGCUUGAUGCGAAGAUUAUUCGCUGCACUUAUUCGAAAUUGCCUAAGCAUUCGUAG